CUUGACCUUUUUACCCUACAGUUGGCUUGGUUAUUAGCCUUCGAGGAAGGACCAAACAUCGGGUAUCGUCUCGUCGCGAUGGAUUGUUCACCAAGAUUAUUCUGAAAACUGAAACUAUUCCUCCUUGCAGGAAAAAGUUUGUCCUGCACUGACAUGGAACAAGGAGAAGUAUACGAAGAAUCCCAUGGCUCUCGGCCCCCAUCUUACAGAGAUGAUUACGACCCAUCAUACGAGUGGUCAUGGGACAGCACUUCUCUGGCAGACGCUGCAUCGCAGGAACAAGUUACAACGAACGCCAAUUCCGGCGUCGCUUCGCCUUCAAGUUCCAAUAAAUGCAUGUCACAUACACUUCGUCUUGUCGUUUCUCGUACGCGAUGCAUUUCAAAAUCACGUUGCAUAGCCCUAUUGGAUGGGUACACCGAAACACAGUUCGGUCGAGAUGCGGGGCUCGACACUGUUCCAAGAAUUCGACUGAGGGAAAUGGAAGUCUCAAAAUUGCAUGCAACUCUUUAUUGGGAUAAAUCAUGGAAUAGAUGGGGUAUAGUCGACAUGGGCUCGAAACAUGGGACAUUCUUGCGUUCUGCUAUUGGGGCGUCCACUGAUUCUGACGGUCGUGGGAUGAGACUCUCCCCUGCAAAGACUGCAAGCGCACCCAAGCGGCUGUACCAUCUUGACGAUAUUACCAUCGGAAGCACUACAUUCAAUGUGCACAUUCAUGAGGAUGGCUUACCGCGUACCCUUUCAAGUCGAGAUAUCCCAUCGACAUUACAACCAGAUACAGUGGAGUCUCAAUCUUCCAAGGCGGUCCUAUCAAAAUUGAAACGCGAGCUUCUAACGCGACACAGAACAUUGUCUGCGAAGGACUCUCCGGUCGGCAACAGAUACAUCGACCGCUCAGCGUGUAGGCGAGCGCUGUACCCACCCUCUAAAGCUGAUAUACCCGGUGUUGCCAGCUCAUCCUCCGCAUCCUGCGGAGCUAGCGCUGUAGAGCCACUUGGCCAACAGCCGCCGGCAUUCCCUUUGUCUUCGUCUAAUGUCGGCCAUAUGUUACUCGUCAAACAGGGUUGGGUACCUGGCACUUCGCUUGGAGUGGCAGACGAAGGCCGUGUAGAUCCGUUCAAUGUGGCAGUCAGACAUGACCGAGCUGGGCUUGGAUCGAUAGGCUCUGUUAGGGCCUCUACAGAUCCUCGUGCAGGUCAGAGCAGCGACUUGUCCUGGCGAAAGAGGUAUGAACGGUGGAAUGUUGGAUGAUGCAUCCGACUUCCCGGUAAAUUGUACCCGUAUCUUUAUGGAGUCGCAAAGCGUUAUUAUUUAUAUCUUAGUUCUGAUUUCAUUCCGUACGUCGUCAAUCAGAACACGAGUUCGGACAUUAA